AUGACGGAAAGUUUCUAUGGCUUUGUCUAUUUUGCAAGUAUGCUAUUGGCACCAGUGACGUUUCUUCCGUGCCGACUCUCCGAAUUGACGUGCGACAAUGGCCGCUGCGUGUCGCUGUCCCGGUUCUGCGACGGCUCGGACGACUGCAAGGACGGCUCGGACGAGCCCAUCGGCUGCACCAAUUGCAACCGGACCUUGUUCGGCGAAGUUGGAACCAAGAACCCAAUCCGGAUCGCGGAGCCCUUUCAGAGGAACCUGCCGUUUGUCUGCACGCUCUACUUCGUCGCGGCUGGUGGAGAGUUCGGUGACAUCGUCGAGCUGACCUUCCUCAACUUCCAGAUAGGCUCACUCGAGCUGGACAGGAACCGGUCGACAACCUGCUUGAACGGUCAUGUACAAAUAAUCGAGCCUUCGACAUCGGCGCCCAUCGUGCGGACCCCGCAGACCCGAGGUUUCAGUAAAAUUCUCUCCGCCGUGCGGGGUGAAGCAGCCUCGCCACACCUGGCGUCCCUCUACGACGGUUCAGACGGAGAGCCGGAGUUCGGCUACUUCUGCGGCGACAUGGCCACCAACGGUGGUUCGGGCACCGGUGGAAGCGCCACCUUCUUCUCGGACCGGAACAACGUCACACUGGUCGUAACCGUGCCCAGUCGUGCCUCCUUGCACAUGUACAGCUUCAGCAUGUAUCUCACAUUUCGCUUUCAUCCGAAGAGACCUUCCCGGACACGCUACGGCACAUCCGCGAGCCCUCACGACAUCGGCAUGGCGACAGCGGGAACGUACUGUGACCGUGUGUUCGAACAUUGCGACCGCAAGCGCUGCAAGAUCCGCUCACCCAACUUCCCGGGCUUCUACCUGCGAAACUUCACUUGUACUUUCACCAUACGCCAGAUGGUGGCACCACCGGGCAAGCAAGCACAGAUAGUUUUGUAUCAAGACAACGAGUACAAGAUCUCCAUUUUCACGGGUCGCCGCACCGCUACGACGUUUUCCCCGAGGUCGCUCACUACCGACUGUCUCGGAGACGUUGUGAAAAUCUACGACGGACCGAGCGCGGACCACUCGCCUCUGCUCACCGAGUUCUGCGGCACGGGGGUGCUACCGGAAGUGAUUUCGAGCGGACCGGAAGUGACUGUGGUGCUCCGAAGCGUGGCCGCGCAACAAAUGCACAGCUCGCGGCUCGAGCUCGAAGUGAAGGUGCGCUUCGUGGAUGUGAAGGAAUACAAGCUGGGUCACGGCAGGUGCGAGUUCCACGUCGACGGCAAAGUCGAGCGCCAGGGCCUCGUGCACACGCCGGCGCACACGGUGCCACCGAAUACCACCUGUCGCUACCGAUUUCAUGGCAGGUCUCCCACAGAUCGCGUCUGGCUCUACUUCCUCUCGUACUUCGUCGAAGACAAGCACCGCUGGUCGAGUGAGGAGAAGUGUGACCUGUCCAGCAUCGAUCUCUUCGACGUGCCUCUCCUGAGGCCCGGUAGCAACACUACUGCCGAUGCCUCCAACACCAGCGCCAGUGGGGACAUCCCCGGAAUGUCCUACCGCUUCUGCGAAAAGAACUCCCCUCGCAUAUGCGCGAGAGCGGCAGAAUACCCCAACUUUAUACCACUUCGUCCCUGCAGGUACCCCGAUGAAUCCUAUCUGUCCAGUGGUGCCGAGCUUGUGCUCGAACAGAAGUUCUACAAAACCAUCGAACUACCUGUCCGCAGGAGCUUCUUCUCAGCCCGAUACGAGUUUGUGGACACCGAGCAACAAGGCACUGAUAUGGGACCACGUCACGGGCCUUGCCACAGGCACUUUCAGAGCAGUAACUCCAAAUUCGGCAUGGUGUCAUCGUCGAAGAACGUCUUUCUGUACGGUCGCGGAGGUCGCGAGAACGUCACUUGCUCCUACUACUACUCCGGCAUGACCUCUGAGAAACUGAGGCUGUACCUGGUCACCUUGAACCUGCCGGCGCUGGGAUGCGAGCAUUAUUUCGACCAAGUAACGCAGAGGUACAACUGUCGCGUCACCGGUCGCCAGUCGGGUCGCAUCUCGCUCUUGCAUGUCAUGGACCACUGGAGCGAUACGUACACUCCCAUCGGCUGUUUCUGCAACAUUACCUCGCAACCCCGCAAGCCCAUACUCAUCGAGUCGGUGGGGAACAACGUCACGCUGACUUUCACAGUAAGCGGCAUGACAGCGCUGGAGGACUUCAACAACUACGGCUUCGAGGCGACGUACGAGUUUCGACCUGCCACUUCGUGCGAUACCAGCACGGAGCUUAGGAACGGCUCACAGGGCGAGCUGACGUUCACGGCUCCUGCCAGUGUGACCGGCCAGGAGCUCCCCCUGCGCUGCCGUUGGUUCAUAGAGGCAUCGCCGCGCAAGUACCUGUACCUCAAGUUCCAGGGACGCGACGGAUCCCGGGGCUGUCCCGACUCGGGAAACAGGUUCGUGGUGUACGCGGACGGCAUCGUGCAGCCCGUGGCCGUCGUCUGCUCGGGCGGCGUCCACGAGGAGACGUCGCUGUCCACGGACUUCGACAUCUUCUCGGCGUCGUGGUACAACGAGUCGAGCGAGCAGCACGCCCUGGCAGACCGCGUGGUCAUCGAGACGGUCGCCUUCCGCGCCGCCCAGUUCCAGCUCCGGUGGCUGGAGGUGACGCGGCCCUUCCUGAAGACCUCGUCGGGCCUGACGCUGCGCAACGUGAACUGCCUGCACGAGUGCCCCGAGUUGAGCGCGUGCAUCUCGCCCGAACUCUGGUGCGACGGCAUCGUCCACUGUCCCUCGGGACACGACGAGAAGCCCGAGCACUGCCGACGCUUCCCGACCUUCUACGUGGCGCUGGGAGCUGGCGCCGGAUUCGUCGUGAUUUGCGCCUGUCUCACGGCCCUCCUGCUCUGGUGUCGAAGCAAAGACAAGAGCAAGGAGGAACCGCGCCUGCGCCCCGCCGACGACAUGCCGCUGGAGAGCCCGGACAGCUGACCCUGGCAUUCGAUUCUGGACCCCGUGGCGGAUGGUUCAGAAUCGCAGGAGACGGCUGUGGUCUCGGCGAGCGCCGCAGCGGUGCGUCCCAUCGAUGUGGUUAUGUCCAUGAUGCCUGCUCCCGGCGGUGCUUUGCCGGCGACGUUGCAGGGAACACUGUCUUCGAGGAUUCGACGCACUGACGUGUCGCCGCCGCCAGCCUACACGGCAGCCGAUGCGGCGGCAGACAUCUACGUCAUCAAGACGAUGAGAUCUCCCUGCCUUUAGCGAUGCUGUCUGAAUAUAUCGCUCUCAGCUUAAUACUUGCCGUGCAAGUGAAAAUGCCUUCGAACAUAACGAAUGAACGAUGUGCGCUUGGUGUGGCUCAUUAUGCGGACGGGGUUCGGAUUGCGCUCGGUGUCACACGGCAAGCUGUUUCUUCGUGAGCCACUGAAAUCUAGGUGCGCCGCCACAGAGCGUCAUGUUUUUGUGAUCUUCGAUGUCGUCCAGAGUGUGCUGACUCUUUGUACCUGUACCGCUCUAUAUUGUGAAAACAUAACGCUGU